UGUCUGUCUUCGCGGAGACCGCUCGCAAAGAAUCGCGUGUGAUGUGACCGUUAUUUCGUGUUUUUAAUGAAAUAUAGAUAAGAAAGAAGCAGCUUAAAAAUUUCCUUUUCAAGCCGUAAUAUCUUUAAACAAAGCUUUAAAAAAACAAGGAAUAACGGUCGAUGCUAAAGUGCCUCGUAGACUUGUGACGGAGUGUAAACAAUAACAAAUAGAUAUUAAAAUGUGAUAGAACAGUGAACAGUGAAAUACAACAAAAUGUGCAGCAAGGAUCAGAUAACACACAUCCUUGGAAAGAUCAAUGUGGGUCUACCAUCUUGGUCCCGCGGUCUGGAGGCGGCGGAGGCAGCGCGCGCGCGGCUCGUGCGCUGGGCGUGCGGCGAGCCGGCGCCGGAACCUGACCCGCCGCGGAAGAAGAUGCCGCACGCCCUACGACGCAGGUGGCCUAUGUGCCCCUGUCUACAGAAUGAUGAACCACCAGAGAUCACAUAUUGCGUGGUGGGCGGGGAGGGCGGCCUGGCGCUGCAGGCGGUCACUCCCACGCACCCCAUGCCCUCACAGGACGAGCUGGACGCGAAGUUCGCUGAACUUGUGGAGGAACUGGACCUAACAGCAGUGAACAAGGCGGCGAUGAUGGAGCUUCCAGCGGCCAAGAAGUGGCAGAUAUACUGCAGUCGCCGCCCGCCCCCGGGACAACCUUCCGCCCUAGCGACGGCGCCCCAAGUUGAGGAAUACAUCAAGGCACUUAAUGAGAUAGCCGAUGCCUUUGCAUCAACAGACAGUGGUGCACCAACUGACGCUUGUGCACUAGUCGAUGGUCUGAAAACUGCUUUACGCACAAGAGCCCAUAGCUUUGUCCUCCGAUUCAUCAAGCAAGGAGGUCUCACCUCUCUCCUUGAAGCCUUGCAGAAAGCACCAAGAGAUGCUGCAAUGACGAGGCACAACCUAAUCGCUGGGAUUAAGGCGCUCAUGAAUAAUUCUACUGGCCGUGCACAUGUCCUGGCUCAUCCGACCAGUAUCGACUUAAUAGCUCAAUCGCUAGACACAGAAAAUGUUAAAACUAAAGUGGCGGCCCUUGAAAUCCUUGGCGCAGUUUGUCUUGUACCAGGAGGACAUAAGAAGGUACUUGAAGCAAUGAUCCAUUACCAAAAAUACGCGGGUGAAAGAGCUAGAUUUCAAGGCAUCGUAAAUGAGCUAGACCGCAGUACGGGUGCCUACCGGGAUGACCUAGGUCUUAAGACGGCCAUCAUGUCCUUUGUGAAUGCUGUACUGAAUUAUGGACCUGGCGAGGAAAGCCUGGAGUUCAGACUACAUUUGCGGUAUGAGCUGCUUAUGUUGGGAAUACAACCUGUAAUCGAGAAAUUGCGUAAGUACGAGAAUGAGACCCUCGACCGUCAUAUCGAGUUCUUCGAGAUGGUCCGGACGGAGGACGAGAGGGAGUUAUCUCGACGGUACGACAAGCAGCACGUCGACACGAAGAGUGCGACGGAAAUGUUCGACUUGUUGCGAAAUAAGUUGAGCCAUACCGCCGCGUACCCGCAUCUACUGUCUAUGCUCAGGCACUUGUUGUUGCUGCCAUUGGAGUACAACCCCCACGCUCAGCACUGGUUGCUGCUGGACCGAGUGGUACAGCAGGUGGUGCUUCAGCAGCCAUCCGCUGGCAGCCGAGCCAGCAGCCACCAGGGAGACCAGCCUGAAGAAAACCCCAAGCUCUAUGACCCAGAUGUAGCUCCACUGGAAAUAAAUGUUGCCGAAAUCGUACACUUGCUCGCGAAAGAAGAGGAACUUGUAGCUGCUCGGACCAAAGCCGAAAAUCUUGAAAAGGAAAAUGUCGACCUGGCAACGGACCUUGCUAAGAAGGAGAAGCAAGUGGACCAGCAGAGCCAAGAGCGAGAAGAGUUGGAAGGUGUGGUCUGCCGCCUCAAAGACCGCCUCGAGAAGGAAACAGCGGCCCACAUGGAGUGUACUGAAAGGGCCCGAGCGAGUGCUUGUAGGGCGCAUCAGUUGGAACAACAGUUGAACCAAGAAAGAACGGAACGUGCGAGAUUUGAGAAACUAGUCAGCGAAGGAAGCAUACCUGAUGAUGCUAAGGUCAGCAAUCUCAAAAGCGCAGUGAUCACUUGCUCCAUCCCACCUCCUCCCCCACCUCCAAUAAUUUCCAUCCCCCCUCCUUCCGCACCCGCCCCGCCGCCUGUUCCCCUUGCCCCCAUGGCCCCGGCCGCUCCGAGGCCCAAGAAGAACGUGCCCACACCAGGAAAUCCCUUGAAGAGUUUCAACUGGAGCAAACUCCCCGAUACGAAGUUACACGGAACUAUUUGGCAGGAGUUGGAUGAUACGAAAUUGUACAACGCGAUUGAUUUGCACACGAUAGACAAGAUGUUCUGCGCUUAUCAGAAGAAUGGAGUUCAGAACGAGGGCUCAGUCGAAGACCUUAGACAACUGGGUUCUAAACCGAGAACGAAGAUUUUGUCAGUGAUAGACGGAAGACGUGCUCAGAACUGCACCAUAUUGCUGUCCAAACUAAAGAUGUCCGAUGAAGAAAUAUGCAGAGCAAUCCUCCGAAUGGACAGUUCAGAACAAUUACCCAUCGAUAUGGUUGAGCAGUUAUUGAAGUUUACGCCCAGUGCUGAAGAAGCCGCCUUACUGGAGGAGCACCAGGACGAACUGGACAGCAUGGCGAGAGCUGAUCGGUUUCUUUAUGAGAUUUCCAAAAUCCCUCAUUAUCACCAACGCGUCCGAACAUUACUAUUCAAGAAGAAGUUCUCGGCUGCGGUGGCCGAAGCCAGCGCACGCGCAUCUGUUGUUCUUCGUGCUGCUAGGGAUCUGACUCGUUCUAGAAGACUUAGGACUCUUCUGGAAAUCGUUUUAGCUUUAGGAAAUUAUAUGAACCGCGGUGCUCGUGGCAAUGCAUCCGGUUUCCGGUUGUCUUCUCUGAACAAGUUAGCUGAUACCAAGUCGAGUGUAACGAGAAACACCACGCUCCUUCACUACCUUGUGGAAAUGCUGGAGACACAGUUCAAAGAUGUUCUCCUACUAGAAGAAGACUUACCCCAUGUAAGAGCAGCAGCCAAAGUCUGCAUCGAGCAGUUGGAGAAGGAUGUCAGUGCUCUAAGAACAGGUCUUCGCGAAGUUUCCCGUGAGUUGGAGUACCACGCUUCGUUGCCUGCGCCUGCGCAGUCCCACGACGCAUUUUUGUCUGUCAUGAGGGACUUCCACGCGCACGCUGUAUGCUCGUUUACGCAACUUGAGGAUCUUUUCCAGGACAUGAAGAGCCGUUUAGAAGCGUGUGCGCACGCGUUCGGCGAAGAGCCAUCAGCGUCGCCUGAAUUGUUGUUCGGAGCUUUGGACAGCUUCUUAACACAGCUGGUGGAAGCAAGGGCUGAAUGUGAUGCUACCAGGAGGAGACGGGAUGAAGAGGAGAGGAGAACUCGACAUGAACAGGAGCUUAAAAAACGUACAAUGGAGCGUAAACAGGGCUCAAGCCUGCUCGGUUCUGUCGGCAAAUCCCUCGGUAAGGACUGCAACGGACACGCGAACGGCGACACCUCACGUGACGGAACCCUCACAAACGGCCAAAAGGGUGAGUUCGAUGACCUCAUCUCAGCUUUGAGGACCGGUGACGUAUUCGGAGAUGACGUCGCGAAGUUCAAAAGAUCCAGGAAGACGUCAAAAGCUAGUCACAAAGGACGUGAUUCCCCACCUAGAGGCAUUUGUAGGGAGGACUCGAGAGAAAGGCAAAAACGCUAAGACUGUUUUGUAUUAUUCUGGAACGUAUUAUCGACGUAUUCUGUAUUGUAUUACCACAUAUCGUAUGGAUCUUGACUAAGACAGUCUUAUAAUUUGCCAGAGAUCUGCAUUGUAAAACGAAGUAUUGCAAUAUUUGGAAUUGUUUCAACACGUUCUGUUUUGUAUUAUUCUGGAAUGUAUUAUCAACGUAUUCUGUAUUGUAUUAUUAAUUGACUAAGACAGUUGGAAAUGUAUUAAUGCAUGUGUUGUAUAUAUAAAGGUAUUCUCAUAAUGGAAUGAAUGCCGAGUAGACUGAUAACUGAUUUAAAUUUGUUGACCAAAAGUAUUGGCGGCCUAUUAACAGAAUUAUGUCUGAGAUCCAUAAAAGGCUGUUUGACGUAAAUUUACACCAGUGACUUAACGAAAUAUAUAUUCCCAUUAUAAUAUAUUAUGUAAGAAAAGUUUUGAUCGUAGCGUUUAGGAAUUUUGUGAAAAUGGAUUUUGUAAUGGAUUUGAAUUUACCUUUUGGGAUCAGUGUAAUCUUAUACAAGUGAUAUAUUAGAUUAAUUUUUUAUUUGUGUUGGCGGAAUUUUUAAUCGUUACGAAAUAUUGAAAUUGAUGAUUGGAAACUUCGUUAUUGCCAAUAUUUUAAUUGGGACAUUGAUUUCGUGGAUACAUCAAUCAAAACCAGACCCCGUUUUAUACGUUUUUAUAAAUUUUCAUACUGACUGAACAAUUAUUAAGACUGUAUUGAUUCCAUUGUUUUUUUUGCUCAUUUUAACACAGCAAAAGAUUUGAUAUAGAGUUUCUUUAUAAUUGGUAUUUGCUCAGAUUGAUUUCGUAUAACAUAGACUAUAGAGAAGAGUUGUAUUGACAAGUGAAAGAGGGAUCGAAUAGCCAUAGAGAUUUGAAAUAAGUAAGUUUU